AGUUGUAACAGUAGGUCAUGACUCAAGGAAACCAAGCAGCUGGUCUUUUUAGAGAUAGAGUGUGUUGUCAAAUAGACCUUGGGAUCUGUAAGGAGGUGACCUUAUGAACCAUAUGUAGAAGGCAACAAUUAUGUAGGGGCCAUGGAGGAAUCACUGUGCCUCUUUUCUCCAUGUUGUCCAUGGGAGAGUAUCUUUCCCAGGUCACGCAUGUGCCUGUGCAUGAGGUUUCUUCUCACUACAGAGAGGAACUGCACCUGCUUCCCCUGCCCAUAUGAGGAUGACGGGGACUGCCAGUUCUGUCACUGUACCUGUUCAGAUGCUCCCAAUUGCCACUGGUGCUGCUGUUCCUGCGCCAAUGACCCCAUCUUCAAGUGCUGCUGUAUUUGUCCCGCAGGCGCAUCUGCCUGCCACUUCUAUGAGGCCCGCUGCUGCAACCAGGGACCUUUCUCUUCUGAUGCCCCGUGGGGUUUCAUUAAUCCAAGAGCUGUUGUGCGCAAGGAUGGAAGCUGUGAUUCUUUACUCGCUAGGACAAACACUAGCCUGAUGGAACACCUUGUCUGCCCCAUCUGCAACAGGCUGCGGCUGCACUCCUACAUACUACCCUGUACACACUGCGUCUGUGAGAAGUGCCUGAAGAAGAUUGAGAAAACAGCUGACAUCACUGAGAGCUUCUUCAUCUUCAACUGCCCUGUCUGCCAGCGCUCUCACUGCCUGCCCAACAAUAAGGUGGUGUUGCCUGAGAACUAUUUGCGGAGCCGCCUCACCAGGCGCUACAUGCAGCAGAACGACUUCCUCACCUGGCGCUUUGACAGGGCUUUGAAUCCCGCCUACUGCCAGGUGUGCAGGGAGUACAGGUUGGCUUAUAAACACUGCGUCACCUGCCGCAUGAAUCUCUGCGUCGAGUGUCUCAAGAACAUCCACUCGGACACGUCCAUGCAUGACCACGUUUUCAUAGACGCCUCUAGCCAGGAGCAGGAGGAGAAGCUCUGCGUCUAUCACCCGAACAACAGGAUCAUCGAGUACUGUCGGAACGACCACGAGCUACUCUGUGAACUCUGCAGUAGCAUCCACCACGAGGGGCACGACAUCAUUAACCUAGUGGAAGCCUGCUCGGAGCUCUCUGCAGCUCUCUUCAGCGCCAUCGCCAAUUUCAAAUCAGUUCGGUAUGAAAUUGAUAAUGACCUGAUAGAAUUCAAUGUUUUAAAGAAUGGCAUUAAAAGCGACAAAGAAAAAAAAAGGAAAGCAAUCCGAGGCGGAUUCCUAAAACUAAGGCGUAUUCUUCAAGAAAAAGAGAAAUCCCUCAUGGAGGAGCUGGAGAAUAUGGAAGGACACAGGCAGAAGGAAAUUGAAAAAUAUGUGUGUACCACAACUCUUAAAGUUAAGGAAAUGGAUGGACUUAUUGAGUUUUCUAAAGAAGCUUUGAAAGAGACAGGUCAGGUGGCAUUUCUACAGUCUGCUAAGUCUUUGGUAGAUCAAAUAGAGGAAGGGAUCCAAAGCACAUAUCGGCCUGAUCCACAGCUUAAGGUGGACUGCAUGGAGGCCCUUAAGCUGAAUUUCACAGAUUUAGCCGACUCAUUAUGGGCCCUUUUCCCUACACAGCAACAGAAAGAGUCAUGCUCUGGUGAUUUUUCACCCAAUCCCUAUCCUGUGCAUUCUGAAAUGAUGAUUACUCGAAAAGUCACCUUUAGUACCCAAAAUUUUCCCAAUCAGCAAAUAUUUCAACGCAGCUACUCUUCACAGUCCCUCCCGGGACCCCUCUGUGAGAAGGGUAGGGCAAACUUUGAAAUGCAUGGAAGAACACAAUCCAUCUCCACUCCCAGGGCCACUGAAGGGUUCUUUACUUACUGGAUCGCACCUACCGAAGGCCAGAACUUUUGGUCUACUCCUCCGGAAGGUGCUAAAGUCCAGACCUACAGCAGCUUCCACAACUGGUAUAUCACCAAUGAAAGGAAUUUGAAAGUUCCAGGGCUCAUUGUCAUCUACCAGACACUGGUGUACCCAAGAGCUGCCAAAAUUUACUGGACAUGUCCCGCAGAAGACGUGGAUUAUUUUGAGAUGGAAUUCUAUGAACUUAUUGUUUAUCCUCCCAAUAACGUCCGGACAGAACUUUGUGGGCACAUCCAAGACAUACAGCAACAGAAUCUGGAACUACAUAAUCUAACUCCAGGCACAGAGUAUCUAUUUAAAGUCCGUGCAGUCAAUGACAAUGGACCAGGGGAAUGGAGCGAUGUGUGUAAGGUAGUGACACCAGAUGGUCGUGGGAAGUCCAGAGCAAAAUGGGGGCUUCUGAAGAAUAUUCAGUCUGCCCUCCUAAAACGCUUUUGAGCUCCCAACAGCAAAGUUUAAAAGAUGCACAUUAUAUAUAGUCCUUACAGCAUUCCUUAUUCAGGUUGGAGUUCCUUGAAAGCUAACUCUAAUUUCUUCUAAUACAAGUCUUCUAAUUCACUAAUAAAAAAAAAUAUACUGAGCCAU